AACUGUUAACGUUUGGGCUUGUAAAACCCAAAAAGCAGUAAAAGAGAGGCAAAGCAAGCCCAAGAGAUAAAGCACCUAGUAGUCGUUUUGUUUGUCAUCAUUUUCUUUUGCAAAGUUUUUAACUAUAAACAACACAUGUAGAGAAGAUGAUCAACCAUUGUUAAUGGUCCUGUCACAUACCACAGGUGAGACUGGUAACCAUUAUAUGAAUAAUAAGAACAAAUAAAAAAAAUAAGUAGGAAUAAAAUUUGAAGAAUGAUGAGAAAUGAUAGUUUCUUAUCAAAACUAAUAAAUAAUUAAUUUGUUUUAUAAUUUUCUACAAACAAAGAAAUGAAGAAAAAUGAAAAAGAAAAUAUAUUCUUUGUGAAAUGGUAAAAAAUUUAAAAAAUAUUAAAAAACAUAAUAUUAUUCUUCAUUCUUUUGGUCAUCGGUCGUACGAGUUUGAGAGGUAGAAUAUUUACCGAGAUAUCAAAUGAAAAUUUGAAGAUAAAGACAUUUUUUUAAUAAAUACUCCGUUGAACAGAUUAAUUAAAAUAUUUGCAUUUAAACUGUCGAAAAUUUAAAUUUAUUUACUCAAAAAGAAAACACUCACCGUGUUUUCGAUUAAGAAAAAUAUUUGUAUCUAACACCGUUGAAAAGAUUAAUAAAACAAAAUGAGAUGUCAUACGAUGAGAAUGAAAAAACAAAGUCAACUAAAGAUAUCAAUUUUUAUAAAAGUUAGCUCCCGAAUAUAUAAUUCAAUUAAAUGGGUUUACGGCAUUUUUAGCCAUGGUUUCAUUUUAAAAUUGAAAAAAAAAAGAUUCCUAAUAAAAGCGGGAGGCCAAACAUCUCGGCUCUUCGUGUCUGUCUUGUAAUUAAUUCCUACGCACGACAAAGUUCUCCUAAUCUCUCUCUCUCUUCUGGUCUUCUCUUUCCGACAUUUGCCCGAUCAAUUUUUUCUUCUUCUCGAUGCAAUGACAACUCCACGAUCGCCGGCGACAGAUUUCUUCGGAAUCUCCAAGACAGCAUGCAAAGCUUACAAAUCCAUCGUCACAAAACUGCAUCCUCUCUCUUCUCAUCGCAAAACCGACUCUCACUCCGACAACGAUUCCACGAUUCACCAGAAAUAUCUAGAGGAGAAAUUCGCGGAGGAGGAUGAUCUCAUCGCUGCUCGGAGAGGUCUCCGUUUACAGAGCAUGGACGACAGCUCCGUCUUCAAACGCCGUUCUUCUCUCUUAUCAAACUCCAGCAGCCGCCGCAGCCACACGCCGCAAGCUCGUCCCACAUACCUCACCUCCGCCUCUUCCAACCGCCGCUCCACUUUCUCAAGAACCACCAGCCGCAGAGACGACGGAGGCGGCAGCAGCCACGGAGGCGUAGGGAGAACACACGGCCUCAAAUCUCGCCCCGUCUCCAACAGCGCGAGCCCGAUGACGUCGCCUUUCACGAGCCCGAGAGGGAAAGAUCAGACCCUGGGAGAUUUGUUCGGCUCCGCGCAGGGGCUAACGUCUCCUCCGAGCUCUACACCGUCUUCUCCUAAAACCAUUUCGAAGAGCCGUAGCAAGAGAGAUAAAGACGGGAGAUCAGGGUCCACGACGUCGUUUUCGAAGAGCACGAGCACGAGACAUCAGUCGAAGAGGGAUACGGGUGGGUCAGUGGGGAGGAGCGUGAGCAGGAGGAGCACGACGCCGAUAGUUUUCUCUCAGUCGACUCAGCCGAAGAAGCCGCCGGCUGUGGAGAAAAAGCUCGAGUGUACGUUGGAAGAGCUCUGCCAUGGUGGAGUCAAGAACAUCAAGAUCACUAGGGACAUUAUUACCGAUGAAGGGUUGAUUAGGAAACAAGAAGAGACGUUGAAAGUGAACAUCAAACCAGGAUGGAAGAAAGGGACCAAGAUCACAUUCGAAGGAGUAGGCAACGAGAAACCUGGCUACCUCCCUGAAGACAUCACGUUCGUGGUCGAAGAAAAGAGACAUCCUUUGUUCAAAAGACGUGGUGACGACUUAGAGAUUGCGGUCGAGAUUCCACUUGUAAAGGCUUUGACUGGAUGCAAACUCUCGGUGCCGUUACUGAGUGGUGAGUCGAUGUCAGUAUCUGUAGGAGAAGUCAUCUUUCAUGGGUUUGAGAAGGCUAUUAAAGGUCAAGGUUUGCCUAAUGCUAAAGAAGAAGGUAAACUAGGAGACUUGAGAAUCACGUUUUUAGUGAAUUUUCCUAAGAAGUUGAGCGAAGAACAACGAUCAAUUGCCUAUGAGGUCUUGAAAGAUUGUUCUUGGGCUUAAAGGUUGAUAAUAUAUUGGUUUCAUGCCACUCACUCCAUGUCUGCUCAUUUGUUCUUCUUUGUAUAUAAGAUUCACAAGUUGAGGCUUUGAAGUUGUGUUGACACUUUAGGCUUUUACAUAUUAUUAUGUUUUUCUUAGAGUGACCUGUUUUAUAUGAUUCUUACUGUGAAUGAUACAAUUGUUCGAUUGGUUACAAAAAAUUGUUUGUCAUAAGCAUCUUAUUAAUCCCAAGGAUUUGAUUGAUUGGCAUCUUAUUAAUCCCAAGGAUUUCUGGUAUUGCUCGAUUGGUUACAAAACUAGUGAACAUAUAUAUUAACAUAUUUAAUAAAUAUUCAUCGACCGCAUAGCGCAGUGGAUUAACGCGUCUGACUUCGGAUCAGAAGGUCGUGGGUUCGACUCCCACUGUGGUCGCACUUUUGAAAUUUUUUGGAGUUAUGUAGGAAAGAGAAGCUGUAUUUACAAGAUGUUCUCCGUUUCUAUCUCAUUGCUUUCAGUAGAAACUAUGACUCAAAAGGAGCACUAAUCCCUUCACUGUUGAUCUUCUUGAGAAAGCUAACAUUAUGGGCUGAAGAUUCAUGAAAGAAUAACAGUUAUUGAACUAUAAUACACAAGUGACAUCCAUAAAAUACACAUGACGUCUGUAACACUAAAACAAGAGUAUAUAAAAGAAUGGCACCAGGAGUCCUUUGACUUUUGUCUAUACAGUGCUCCUAAGCGUUUAAUUUGGAAUCGUUCAGCUUCCUUUAACAAUUUUUAAGUUCCCUUGGGAAUCACUUUACGCACUUAAUCUUGUUUCUUCUUUCUUAUGAAGCUUGGUUUAAACCAAGAGCUCUUGGUCUAGUGGUAAUGAAACUCCAGCUGGAAUGUUCGUUAUGGGUUCGAGUCGUCUUGGCCACCUUCCUGCCUAUAACCGUGCGUAUCCGGAUAAAAAGCCUCGUGAAAAUUAGUCUGGGCUUACCGUCUAGGAUCUUCACAGAUAUUUAAAAAAAAAAAACUUGGUUUACGUUGUCGCAGCUACUUGAAAUCCAUAAAAACCAGUACGUAUAAAGAGUCUCUUUUGUUGGUACCAAAGCCUACUUAUUGAAGGUGUCAUUUUGGUGUAAGUCAACUAAGAAAAGAAAACCUUUGGUCACUUAUAUGGCAUUAAGAAAAGACUCGGGUGUAAAUGUGUCGCGAUAUUAUUAAGUCAGACCAUGGAUUACGGCAACGGCUUUAUUGAUGUACUAGAUAUUGACCCGCCCUCGAGAGGGCGGGUAUAUGUUUUGUUUUUAAAUUUUUUGUCUAAUAUAAUUUAUAUGGUUGUGUGUUUGUAGAAUCAUAUUUUUGUAUGAUAUGAAUUUAAUAGAAUAGAUAAUUUUUGUAAGUAUAUUAAAUAAAUCAAGUUCCAUAUGUAUUUGUGUCUUUCCUUAUAUCAUAUAUGUAUUUUUUUUGUAAUCAUAUUUGUGUUUUUAUCUCUGAUCAUAUAUUCAUAUUAUAGACUACAUGUAGGGAUAAGAGUUCAGGUUCGAUUCCGACUAUUCAGAUAUUGGUCUUUAGAUGAGAGAUUAAAACCUAUUUGGAUAUUUAUAAAUUUUAGUUCAGAUUCAGUUUGGAUCAUUACGGGUUCAGUUCAAAUAUGGAUAUUCAUUUAAAUUAUGUAAAAAUAUUAAAAUACAAAUAUACCAUAAAUUCUAUUAAUUGUGCGACUGGUUUUUCCGCUACCACCCGCAAACGCUGCUUUUGCGGUUGGUAGCGGUUGUCGGCGGUUUGCAACAAUCACUCAAAUCGCUCUAAACCGCUUCAACCCGCUCCGAAUCUCAUAAAUUCAAAAGCUGGCUCCAGCUACCGUUUGCGGUUGCGGGCGGUUGCGGGAGGAUAAUUUUUUUUCUUUUUUUAAAUCAAUAUAUAUACAAAAGUAAAAAUGUUUAAUAAAAAAUUUAAAAUUGAAAUUAUAAAAAUAUUAAAAUAUAUCUAUUAUAUUUUAAUUAAUAUUAUAAAAUUUUAUAAUAAAAACAAUUUCAAUAAAUUUUCAAAAAUUUAUGGGUGAAAUUAAAAAUAUUUAAUAAAAAUAUUAAUUAAAAUAAAGAAUCCGAGUAAUAGUUGGGAUUAUGUUAGGAAAAAUGAAAUACAUGAACAUCAUCGAAAAAAUUGUUGGGAUUUGAACAGUAAAAAUAAUGGUGGUUACAUAACAAAAAUAAGAUAUAUGGAUACAGUUAAAAAAGUGGUGGUUGCCGAUCAUUAGGCACUCUAAGUGGAGGGUUACAUAAUAUAUAUAUAUAUAUUUCAUUGCAGUUAUAUUAAAAAGGUAUGUAUUAUUAAAAUUUAAGUUGGACAUAACUUUUUAUCAAUGGGUCACACUGCUGUUUUAAUAAAAUAGAUAUUAAAAUAAGACUCGUCAAAAGUAUUUUUUCUUUCUUUUCUAGUAUAGAAAAAUUCAACUUGCAAAACCCAGUGUCUCUAAAAUCAUCACUGUCUUCCUCUCUAUGGAUCCCAUAAGUUCAAGUUAAAGCAAAAAGAAAACAAUUAGAGAUAUGGAAAACU